AUGGCCGCUGCUCUGCGCAUUGGCACUCUCACAGAUGAACUCAUCGCAAUCAUCGCAAAUAUCCAGGAUAAGACUGUGGCUCAAAACAUCGUCAAACGAAAUGCAGCCGGCAGAGUUGACCAGUUUGAAGUUUCACGAAGGCUUGAUGGUCUCCAAGAAAAAUUCCAGAUUGUGGGCAAUGCCGGUUUAGCCGAUGCGGUCCGCCUCCGAUUGUCAGAGCUAGAUGCAAAGAAAUGCCAUUGGGCCCCAGAAGUUCUUUUCCUGCUCUUAGAACUUUCUGACAAGCCUGCUUCUAAGUCGGGCCCGGACAGAGUCGAGUUAUUCAAGCCACCUGAUCCGCCCCCCAUUCUGGUCUGGUCUGAUCUCGGUACUUCCGACCUCGAUAAAGAGGACAUAUGGGACGACAUUGAUUAUGCGAAUGAUUCAUCUGAUGAAAAUCUUUCACUGGCGUCAAGCGACAUAUCCAUCCCGCGAAUCAUUCCGCAAAGUUCCAAGGUUCCCCUGGACGAAUAUAUCCCCCCUGAAGACAUAUAUUUGACCGUAGAGGAUGAUGGGCUAGUGUCAUCCAUACAAAACACCCAAGCUUGGAGAUAUCUACCGAGUUCCCUCCCGGAAAGUUCUAACGGCAUUUUGACUGACCUACAAGUCAUGCGGGAAGUAAUAUUUAUGCUGGAAGGCUUACCCAACUCUUUGUUCCGGAAUCUGAAUGAUAGUAUUGAAAUAGACGACCGCUUCUUUGUACAGCAUGCCUCUAGAGAGGCAUUCAGGUCAAUACUUAGGUCAUUUAGUGACCUGGGAGUUUGCAUUCAGCGACUCAGGGCCUUCGGGAAACAGCCGCAGGAAGUACCCUUCAUGCAAAUGUUCCAAAAGGAAGUGGAUAAGUUGGUUUACGAUCUUGACAGUUUUCUCUCGGAGACGGAAGCCCGGUAUUCAGUUAAGCCCCAAUUACCAUGUGCUAGCCUUCUUGAACUGUUCGACGAUGUUCGAAAAGAGACUAAACUCCUUGUCGAGUUAGCCGGUCUCGUAAAAAGGCUGAAAAGGACCACAGGACAGAACGGUUUUCUUUGCCUGGACUUGCUCUAUGACUUGGUUUGCGCAAAACAGGCUGCCGCAGAGGAUGCAGAAUAUAAAGUUAUGGCCAAAAUCUUUUUCAAGUGCUUCGAGAUCUAUGCAAAACCUAUCCAGCUUUGGAUGAAAACAGGCAUGUUAGAUGAAUCUCUCGGGUCUUUUUUCAUUAAAACCUCGGGUCGAUCUACUCAUUUGAAGUCUCUCUGGCAUGAAUGGUUUUCCUUAGAAGAGUUCUCGGGGCAAUUGUAUGGCCCAAAGUUUCUUCGUCCAGCAGCGGACAAAAUCUUUACUACUGGGAAAAGCAUGAUAUUUCUUCGCAAUCUUGGAGUCGCUCCGGAAACUCUGAACUUAGAAACGCCCAAGAUUGAUAAAAAAGACAUUUUUCCGGUUGAAAUUCCGUCAGCUUUUGUACCUUUUUCCGGGUUUUUACAAGGUGCUUUUGGGCGAUUGGUGAAUGAAAAUCAUAGCGUCGCUUCAGCUGUCUUGAGAGCGGAGCUCAACGAGAAAUGUGGGCUUUGGCUUUCAAUGCAGGCUUUGGAUUAUAUAUACCUGGGCAAAGACACGGCACUCUUAAUGGCGGUUGAUCAAAGAAUAUUUGAGUUGAUUGAUAAGGGGAGGCAAUCAUGGAAUGAUCGAUUCCUGCUGACUGAGAGUUUUCAGCAAGCCUUGGGGAACCUGUCCUGUAUUGACGUCAGCCGUCUUAUCGCACGGACCAUUAAGGUCGCCCCUCGAGAAUUCGAAAAGCAUUGCCGCUCGGUCAAGUUAUUGAAGGCGCUCUCUGUGGAUUAUGUUCUUCCGUGGCCUGUUGCCAACGUAAUCUCAAAGCAAUCAAUGAACGUGUACCAACGCCUCUCAACAUUUCUAAUGCAGAUUCGCCGAGCGAAAUACGUCCUUGAAAAACAGUGCUCCAAUAAACCAAGAUAUCUUCGGCAUGAUACUUACACUGAAGAUGAUAUUCUCUCAUUCGCCAUCCGACACUAUCUACUCUGGUUUGUCAACAUCUUGUACUACCAUUUUACCGAGCUCGUUAUCUCGUCAUCGAGAUCAGAAAUGGUAAAAUCGAUGGCCGAAGCCAAAGAUGUCGAUGGCAUGAUUUCUGUUCAUCAAUCAUUCAUCUCGUCAAUGGAGGAACAGUGCCUCCUCUCAAAGAAUUUAGCACCGAUUUACCAAGCCGUCAUUUCAAUCCUUGACUUAUGUCUUCAGUUCUCCGACAUACAAGUUGGGCGAUAUGCUGAAUAUCAGUACGACCAAGCAAAUCAGUCAACUACGUACCUCCAUUUGAAUUCGAGCCGAUAUCGUCGUGGACGCCGUUCGGCUUCCGAAGAAGAUGAUGAAGAGCUAAGUUCAGAUGAAGAUGAAGGAGACUAUAUUAAUCAGACUAUGUUCGGUGAUGGGAGCAGUACAUGCAUGUCCUUUGCCGAAUUGUCGUACAGGGAACGACUGCUCGGUGUCAAACAAAAAUCUGACGAACUCAGCAGGUUCGUUAAAACUGGAUUAAGAGGCAUCGGACGGGUCGACGGUCGAAAUAGCUGGGCCAUGCUGGCCGAUCGGCUGGAACCGAAGAGCCACACAUUCAUGUAA